CUUCUAGGGCCUUCUCUCAUCGGCUAUGGUAUUUCAAUAGAGACAGACUGUGAGAGCGAAGAGUGCAGAGCAGGCCUUCAAUUUGAAGCGUGAUUGCAGUGAGAUUGGGGAUGACAGGCCCCUUUAUGGUAACCCCUAAUCGCGCAACGACAUCACCCCACCGCUUCACUCCUCUCUGAGUUUAACUCUCUUAAGACCACUACUGCUCCACAGCAUAUGAAUCAAAUUCCUCAACCGCGUUCAGUAAAUUUCCUCUCGGUGCUGCAAGAAAGGUAUUGCUUCUUCUUACUCUCUGCCUUUUCUCAUCUGAGUAUUACUUGCUUUUCUGGGUUCGUGCUUAUUUGUGGUUCCAUGUUGAUAAAGAGGUACAAACCAAGACCCAUGAGGGCCGCUGAAAGAGGCAAUGAGUUGCAUAAUGGGAAGUUGAUUGUGCAGAAUUGGGGAUUUCGGAGUUGGCCUGAUGGGAUUCAGUCAAUGGCUAUCCCACUAAGAGUUCAUCUUUAUGUGAAUGAAAUACUCCAAAGCUUACCAACAUUUAGGAAUCUCAAUCAUUUGAACUUGGACCUCUAUUCAUAUUGAACUAAACGUGAAGAUGUUGAUCUGGUGCCUGAUUCCAAAUUCUAACAAGACUGAUAAGGCUUCAAUGCUGGAUGAAGCAGUUGAGUAUUUGAAGCAGCUCCAGCUUCAAGUACAGUUUGCAUGGUUGUGGAUUUUGGGUUUUCAGAGGGGAGAAAGGAAGAAACAGAAGAAGGGGGAGACGGGAAGGACAGAAGAGGCAGGGAAAUCCAAAAGACGAGAAGAACUGCUCUACUUCACAGAUUCAAGGAUAUGUCUGCUGGAACAAGGAACAACUUUGAAAACAAGUUUUGGGCCAAAAGCCAAGAUAGUGGCAGCAUCCAUUCAUUUUAUGAUGUCGGUGCUAAUCCACUUGACAAACAAGUAUCAAUAUCAAAAUCUGACAAGAGGAGGUGAUUAAUGUUAGAGGGUACCGUUGGUAGCAGUAUUCAAGAUGUGACAAACCAGGGCACAUUUUGCUUUCUGGCUACGAUUUCUGGUAACAACCGCAGCACAAGACAAUGAUAAGCACAUCAUGGGGUGCCCCCGCUGCUUUCACCAAAGGUUUCAACCUUCAGCAUGUCUCUGAUGGUCUCUAUGGGAGGCAUCUUCAUGUCUACAGUUGGCCUGAGGGUGAAUUGAAACGAACUUUGGAUCUUGGCAAUGCAGGACUCUUACCCUUGGAGGUGAGUAGUAUAAAACUGAUGGCAGUCAUUAAUUUUUACAAUAUAUGUUAUUUUCUUUUUUGGUUAAUCUCUUUGAGCAAAAUGAUGGAACAAAUUUUCUACACUAAAGUUUCAGUCUUGAUUUCAAUUGGGUACUUUAGCUUUUGUUCUUUGAUUUCUGCUAAUUUAUGCAAUUGGGUUAUAUAGCAGAACAAGUUUGGCAAUCCUCAAAGAAAGUUUGGAAAGGGGUUGACCUAAUAAGAGAAAGCUUGCCCAUAUUUAGCUUGGGUAUUAGUUUGUGUAGUGUGUUGGGGAUGUAUAGGAAUUUAGUAUGUAAUAGUUUGGGAUAAAAUGAGCAAUGAGAUUACUGCUUUCGUGCUCCUUUUUGACAUGAUUUCAGGCGAUAGAGGCUGAUAAUGUUAUGGGCUCAAGUAGGGUUGAUGAAUUUGCUGAACCUGUUUUACAAUAUGGACACAGGUAGAACCCUGAUGCAAAUCCAUAAUUUAAAGUUGUGAUUUGUUGGGAGGAUGGAGUACCAUAAUGCCAUAGAGUGUUGAAGUUACAAAAGGACUUUAAUCUCUUUUGUUGUAUUACACAACAAUAGUAAUCUACAGCUACCAUUUUGACA